AUGACCCAUGGAGUCAAUCACCAGCUCUCAGAGCUUCAGCUCAUCCAAUGCUCGCUUCUUCCAGGAGAACAACUAGCCUUCCUCGAGGAUGAGGAGUACUGGUGUUCUGCCCUCGAGAAUUAUAUCACGGACCCUUCCACUACGAGCGAUGCUCAAUCCGACAACCCUGCUUCGUUCAAAAUUGUGCUACAAGAUGCUAAGGUCUAUCUCAAAGUUGCAUUCUCUCGACAACAGAGUCGUCGGACCGCCGUCGACGGCGCUGCGUUUCCAUUGGCUUCGGUAAAAGGCGACGAUCUUUCUCGUAAGGAACAAGAAUGGUGGCAAGACAUUGUGGAGGAGAAAAAAGCGGAGGUCUCGGAUUCAGAAUAUCCCAUGUACGAGCUCGUGUCGUUGCACCUCCUCCCCUUGCUGCACGAGGCCUUGACCAAAAGGCAAGAACCCAUUCACGAAUUAGAAGAUUCACGCCCGCCACACGCUGGUCGCGAAAUAUACCACGUCCUCUUCACAUCUCACCACCUCAUAUCCCCCAACAAACGGCGGCUGCUCCAGCAGUGGUCGUCUUCCCUCUCCAUCGUGGGCUUCGCUAAAGUCGGCUAUCCAGGUGUCAUCUAUGCCCAAGGAGAGCGAUCGAACGUUGAAGAGUUCGUUUCCAACAUCAAGGCGAUGCAAUGGCUAGCUUUGAAGGUCAGAUUCGUCGAGUCUCUCCCGCUGGAGUUAGUGAACAGCGAUAGAGGAUCAGGGAAGUUAGGUGAAGAUCAGAGGUGGAAGGAGUUCCAGAAAGUUGGGAAGGUUGUUGAAGAGAUGAGAAGGAUCGGAAGAGAGGGGUAUGUUGUGAAGAUGGGGAUCAGAAGCACCGUGGUCAACUCAGAGCCUUGA